AUGUACCGCUGUCGAACCUGUGCUGUGGUGGGGAACUCUGGGAACCUUUUAGGAUCACACUAUGGUGGAGCUUACAUAGACAACCACGAUUUUGUGUUCAGGAUGAAUAAGGCACCAGUUCAAGGCUAUGAGAAAGACGUGGGAUCCAGGACGACCCAUCGUAUCAUGUACCCAGAAAGUGCCACCCAUCUGGACAACAACACACACCUGGUGCUGUUGCCCUUCAAGAUCUCCUUUCAAGGCUAUGAGAAAGACGUGGGAUCCAGGACGACCCAUCGUAUCAUGUACCCAGAAAGUGCCACCCAUCUGGACAACAACACACACCUGGUGCUGUUGCCCUUCAAGAUCUCCUGUGGGUCACCAGUGAUGGUUAUGCACCCUGCUUUCAUGCAUUAUGUGCACAAUGCAUGGCUGCACAUUAAGUCUCGAAGAUCUUAUCCAUCUACGGGUUUUCUUGUGCUAAUAUUCGCCAUGCACAUUUGUGAUGAGGUAAAUGUGUUUGGCUUUGGUGCGAACAGUAAAGGCACCUGGCACCACUAUUUCGAAAAAACACCCAAGUCUUUCAAACGCACUGGUAAACACAGUGGCGGGAUUGAGUGUGAAACCGUCUUAGAACUUCACAAAAGGAGGCUGAUGGAUCUAUACACGGGGUGGUGA